UCACCUGCCAGAUGCAGCAAAGACACCACGUCCGCCGCCGAGGGACUGACCCGGAACCACCAAAGGACACGCUUACCGUCAGGAGAGCACGGGCAGCCUUGGGUGGGAGCUGACUCCGAGGAGAGCAUGUUUGCAUGCAGCCAGGGUGGGAAGGUAUUCCUGGAGAGCUCGGCCCUGGCGCUGCACUGGCGCCCGCAUAGCCGCGAAGAGGCCUUUAAGUGCCACCAGGGCGACAAGGCCUUCCGCUGGGGCACCAACCUCGUGGAGCACCAGCGCCGCCACAGGGGCGGCGGCGGCGAGAAGCCCCUUUUCUGCGGUGAGUGUGGCAAGGCUUUCAGCGGCCACUCAUCUCUCGACGUGCACCACCGCAUCCACACGGGCGGUGAGAGGCCCUACAAGUGUGGCGCCUGUGAGAAGGCCUUCAGCUGCAGCUCGCUGCUCAGCAUGCACCGCAGAGUGCACACGGGGGAGAGGCCGUAGGCCUGCAGCGACUGCGGGAAGGCCUUCAACUAGCGUACCCACCUCACUCGCCACCUCCGCGUCCACAGCGGCGACAGGCCCUACAAGUGCGGGUGCGGCAAGGCCUUCCACAGCCGCGCGCGGCUCACCCUCCACCGGAGGACGCACACGGGCGAGAAGCCGUUCAAGUGCUCCGACGGCGGGAAGGCCUUCAGCUGCCACUCGUACCUCAUGGUGCACCAGCGCACCCACAGCCGGGAGAAGCUCCGGUGCAAGGAGUGCAGCAAGGCCUUCGGCUCGCACUCCUACCUCAUGGUGCACCAGCGCGUCCACACCGGCGAGAAGCCUUACAGAUGCCCCCAGUGUGGCAAGGCCUUCAGCCAGAACCACUGUCUUAUCAAACACCAGAAGGAGCGCAGCGAGCACGGGGAGGCUUUCCGCUGGAGCUCACCCCAGAAACCUUUCACCAUCCAGCUCAAUAGGCGCCUGCUGAGCACCUACUCCUUGCCUACUAGUCGCCUGCUAGGUGCAGGGAACACCCAGGCGACUGCCACGGACUCCAUAAACACCUUGGGUGUAGCAAAGCUCUUGUGUGUGGUACAGCCUCCAGCCGGUAGACACUACCCUCUGGAGAACAAAUUUGUCAAUCAGAGUGACACUAACUAGCUCUUUCCCCCAAUUACCCGAGAAAUGCGUCAACUCUUAGGCUCUCAGGACCAGACUGCUGUCCCUCAAAGGCCUGGCCUUGAUUCCCUCCUACUAGAUAAAGUUCCCCUCCCACUCCGUCCC